AUGAAAUACUUUCGCUGACCUACGUCGACCCCAGAAACGGACAACAUAAUAGUAGUCAAAAAAUGGCGACUGUUGUGUCCUUUCUGUCGAUCUUCGAGUUUUCCCGCCUGAAUGUUCAGGCGUCUCUGGUGUUCUUCCUUGCUUUCCUCUUGGCGUGCCUCUAUCUCAGAUGGCCCAGGAACCUUCCCCCCUACCCGGUAGGAUGCGUGCCUGUUCUCGGGCACAUCCUCGCCUUGGGCCGAGCGCCGCACCUCAAGCUGACGGGCGAGUGGAGACAGAAGUACGGGGACGUUCUCACCAUCAGGAUAGGGAUGCAAGACGUGGUGGUUCUGAACGGCUACGCUGCCGUCAAAGACGCGAUGGUGGACAGGUCCGAGCUGUUCGCCUCCAGGCCGCCCGUCUACAUACCUGACCUUCUCACGGGCUUUGGGAAAGACAUCGUCGGAGCUCGGUGGGGUCAGGAGUUCAAGCAGAGGAAGAGGUUUUCUGCCACCGUCUUGAAGAACCUGGGCAUGAAAGUAGGGAAGGGCAGCAUCGAGGAGAAGAUUCAAGAAGAAGCAAGGUGCCUGUGUGACAAAUUCGCAGCAUACCAAGGGCGAGCUUUCGACCCCGAAUGUGACCUACAGGUCACGAUCGCCAACGUCAUCUGCUCCAUGGUGUUCGGGCAUCGCUUCGAGUACGACGACGAGAGGUUCCGAGAACUGGCCGAAUCGAUCGUUUUGACCCAGAUGAACAUGGUGUCUCUGUCUGGUCAACUCAUCAACGUUUUUCCCUUCCUGCGAUUUGUUCCUGGCUUGAACAACGCAGUCAGCGAUUCGGUCCGGCGCGCCGAGAAGAUCGAGAGGUUUAUCUGGGAGGAAAUAUCUCGCCAUCGCGAGAAUCUUGAUCGCGAGAACCCGCGAGACUUCCUGGAUUUCGGGCUGAUCGAGGUGGAGAGGCAGGACACGGUUGAAGGGCUGACAGAGGAGAUGGUGAUGUACAUCACCCAGACUCUCUUCGUGGCCGGCAUCGACACUGUUUCCACUACCCUCCGGUGGAGCCUGCUGUACAUGGCUCUGAACCCGGACAUUCAGGAGAAGGUACAUCAGGAGCUUGAUGACGUUGUUGGAGACACCCUGCCCAGCCUGUCCCACCGUCCCCUGCUGCCCUACACGGAGGCCACGGUGAUGGAAGUACAGCGGGUCCGCACCACGGUUCCGCUCGGCAUCCCCCACGCCACCACCCAGCAGGUUAAACUGGGUCCGUUUGACGUUCCUGCCGGGACACAGGUACUCGCGAACCUGUACUCACUGCACAUGGACCCCGCCUACUGGCCUGAUCCGGACCGGUUUGACCCCGGAAGGUUUCUGGACGGAAAGGGGAACGUCAUCAGCAAACCAGAUUCUUUUAUGCCGUUCUCAGGCGGCCGGCGUGUGUGCCUUGGAGAGCAGCUCGCUAAGAUGGAGCUGAUUCUGUUCUUCAGCAGCCUCAUGCAGAACUUCACCUUCAAGCUGCCAGAGGGCGCUUCCCCCGUGUCUACGGACGGAAUACUCCGCAUCUCGUUCACGCCCCAUCCCCACAAGCUCUGCGCCGUACCACGUUGAAUUCU